AUGCAUAAUCAAGAACGAUUUGAUGUGAAUGCUAUAGAUAUGCAAAAAAUGUAUUGGAAUGUAGAUUUGGCAGAAAUUGCUCAACGUUAUUGUAAAGAUUUUAAAAUAAAAUUUUCGAAAAGGAAAGAAAUAACUUUUCUGUUUCUAGCUGAUCAUUGUAAUUUUGAUCAUGAUAAAUCGAAUCAACAUGGUAUUGUUGGACAUUAUACACAAAUGGUGAAAAAUACAGCAGUACUUAUUGGAUGUGGAUUAGCUAUAUGUCCUAAGAAUUGUCAUGGUUUGAUAUGUCUUUACGGAGGAACUAUCGAUCUUAAUCUAUGUCAAUGUCAAUGCCAAUCUUAUACAUCAGGUAAACAAUGUGAAAAUCUUGAUUGUUCAUCAUUACAAGAUGAUUGUCAAUACGGAACUGAUCAAUCAUUAUGUGCAAUAUAUUCAAAUAUUCCAAUUGAAUGUCCUAAAUUUUGUGGUUUAUGUAAUCGAUACGAUGCAAUGAAAAAAUAUUAUAAUUCACUUGAAAUAUCAAAAAAUAAUGGCAUUGAAACAAUAAGAAAUAUUUCAGUUUUUAUUCAAAUAAUCAUUGUACUUUUGUACUUCUCUUGA